ACCGAUUUCGUUCUCCGUCGCGGCGCGCGUCCUCCCAACGCUUAUCCUCGCCUCUCGCGUUCCCGCUCGCCAUUUGUCAUCCCUUCCUUCGUAUGCUCGUCUCGCGCGCCUCCAGCCUCCACCCCGUCCCUUUAACCUUCUUCUCGAGAGCUUUCUCCCGUCCGUUCGUCCUCCUAUCCGUCGACGUCCCCGUUCGUUCCCGUAUAUUUGGAGCGUUUCGGCGAGUCAUCGUCGCCACGUACGGCACGCACGGUGUUACCCAUAGCUAUAUUAAAUAUAGCCCGCUGUAUCCUGAUACGGCGGGCACACGUGACACGCGAAGAGCAGCGUCUUUACGCUCACGACCGACGCGACGUUCCGAUGCAAUCUGAAUUUAUUUUCUGAAAUAGAUUUUGCGCGAAUUGCGACUUAAUCUCAUUCCUUUUCGCUAUACAUAAAGACGAAGCAUCUUGAAUAAAUUCAUCUGUGUGCGUUACUUAUGAAUUAAUUUUUCAAAUGUGCCUUUACAAACUCCAAUUCAUUUUUCUGCCUAAUUAAUAUCUGUUUGUGCUUUGUUUUUGCAAAGUAUGUGUAUUAACUUGUUCAGAUCUUAAUCAGGACCCACCGAAGAAGCGCUAUUAAAAAUUCUGGGAAAAUUUUUGUGAAUAUCAAUGGAUCGGAAGAGAAUAAAAAUAUCGACUGUUACAGUCGGAUCCGAUGUAACUAUCUAAAUGAAUCUUCAAAUCUGGAUAACAAUAAAGCAUGAAAUUAAUUAUGUAUUAUAAGCCAACCGUCCAAAUAUUGGCAGUCACGCAAACUUCUAUAAACCCCAGCCGGUCUUUAAUAACCUAACAGAACUUCGAACUACGGGCCUCGCGCAUAUACAUGGACCGAAGUUCUGUAUUUGGAAAUUGAUCCUCGCGCAGUGUAAUUAUACAUAGUCGCGUAAAUACGUCUCCUCUUACGGUCAUCGCGGCGUUGGAUGGUAAUGGUGGUCGUGCACGAUGACCAGGAUCGAUCGUUCGUCCCGGGAACUAGCAUCCAUGACGUCACUCUACGUCACCAGUCCCGAGAGCAGGAAUGUGAAGACGGGAUCGUGAUUCGGUGCAAACGCGUCGUUUUCCGCUUUUUUCCCCGCAAAGCAUUGCGCGGAUGCGGUUGGUAGCGAAAUCAGAGCUAUUCGAGAACGUUUGAUGCGAUAGAAUGACGCGACGUUUAUUUGCAUUUAUUCGUGUUUGGAUGGCGACGAGAAUACCAUCCGAAUAGCGGACGGAAAUACCAGUCCUCUUUUUCUUUUAAGUUUCAAGAUUGCCUUAAUGUUGACAGUCCGCUCGAAAAUAUACCGGCCGCGACGCCCCGAUUUCCGCUUCGACUCCGCUUCUAGCGCACGCCUGCGCGCCAGGAACAUGCAUACAUACAAACGACUCACCUGUGUAGACCUUCGUGGUUCCAUCAUACGGCGGGAAGGGCGACCACGGUCGAGAUGGCUCUUUCCCCAGCUGCGCAACGGCCAAGACCUAGGGCACGCUUCGUCGACGGCAAACGUUUAUGUACGUUCCUUCUUCUCGUCCCCUUUCGUCUCGCGUUAUGCCGCGAACCGUGUCGGCGAACUCGUGAGCACAAUUACGCGACGCGACGUCACUCAUGCACGAACACCAUGCCACCCUCCUCUCUUGAUUCUCCAUAUCUCCCCUUCGCUUCGCCUGGCCGCUCAUUGUUUUCAAUCGUGCGCGUGUCCCUCGUCUUCGGGUCGAAAGAAACCAAAUUCUGAAACAAUGAUAUUCGUUUAGAUCAACUUUGAAACUAAUUCCAAAUUUCGAGAAUUAAUUUUUCAAUGUAGGACAAUUUAGUCCCUUUUCACUUAUUUAUUUAUUUAUUUUAAUCCAUCUACUUAUACAUCAUGAUUCUUUGAAACGUGGAGGGACCUUGGCGCUUUCGCGAUGCAGCUGCCUUUGUGUAUAAUUUUGCGGGAGUUCCUGGAAUAUAUAUUCGCGUACUGUACAGUGCGGUUGCGACAUAGGUAGAUAUAUUGUCUGCGUAUCCCGCCGGAUCGUACUAGACGGUUAAUUAAUCCUGUCUCCUAUAGCUCCGCGAAAUUAUUAUUAGACGACGCGAGGGCGGUGUAGUGUGAUACGAAACGGAUUGCGAUGCGGCAUCGCGCAAAGCGGCUUCGAGAAUCGAGGGAAACACACGCGUCGUUUGUCGCCAUUGCUCCAAAGACGCGUCGUCGUCGCGCCGAUUCCACGAGAUUAACGCAAUUCAGAAAUUAAUCAGGACUCGCGAAGGGUUCAUUAGCUUGAGGCAAUAACGUGCUAAAUUACGUGGGAGCAAAUUCUAUGAAAUUCUUGGUUCAUUUUCGGAAAGACGCUACAAUGCUGACGUAUUUCUUUGAUUAAGACGAACAGUAAUCAAAUAGACAAAAUAAUAAAUAUAAUAAUGAUAGACAUAAUUUAUUUGACAAUUUAGAAUGUAUUAUUUCAAGUCUACAGCAAUUAUGAUUUACAAACAUUAAACGAUAAAAAGAAAAGGAGAUAUAACGUGCACACAUUAAUUAAUUAAGCAUAGAGGUAAUAUUAUACGCGAUUGAUUUAUAUGUAUUGUUAUAUUAUGCAGACUGUGGAGUAAAAGAAGAUGGUGUAUUUAUUUACCGUAUUAUUAGAAAGCCUGAUUUGUAAUCGCACUUUCGAAAAUUAAAAUUAUUCUGUACGGCACUAAAUAAAACAUAACCAUUUCCGAAUCGAUAUUGCUACUUCGUUGAAAAUGUAGCUUACUAAAUGCUCGCAAGUCGACUAUCUCAUUAAAGUUAUCCCGCUCCAGAAUUAUCACAGCUGCGCAUAAUAAAAGAUGUAUAUACGAGGAAAGAAACGCAGGCCGUUGGGAGGACAUUAAGUAUCGACCGUUUAUCGAACACGUUCGCAGCAGCGUUACGCCGUUAUACGUACAUUAAAUACACGAUUUCGUUGCGGCGCGCCGGCGGCUUGGCCCACGGGGGAAUUCGCGCGACAUAACAAAGAAGUUUCGCGAGCAGUAAGCGAGCCGAAGGACUCCGCGGACGCGAGUCGGCGCGAAAACGUCGGUGAAGAAAGAGAGGGACCGCCGAGACCGCGGAGGGUAGUGGCGGAUCGUAAAAGGAGGCUGCGAGGGGCGGCGAGGGGAGGAAGGAGAGGAAGUCGCGGAUCGGAACGGAGCGAAGGCGUAGGCAGCGUGGACUCCGAGAGAAAAAGCCUGCCUCGCGAGGGGGUUGGCGAGGAAACGGGACGGAGACGCGAGGACGAUAGACAAGGCCGGAUUUAGAUGCUUCGUUGCCCGGGGCCCCUCCCUCGAAAACCAGCCCAAGACGAGCGAGAACGCGCGGCGCGAAGAUGAUACACGAGGCGAUACGAAGUGCACGCGACCGAUCCCGUUUCAAGUGUGCGGUAUCUCGCGAUUGGGACUAUCGCGAUAACAGCACCACCGCGACAGUCUUUCGCGAGCGAGUGUCAAUUGAGAGUUCCAGAGCGUUAAUUAAAAUUUUUAUCGCAAGUCGAAAAUCUUUUCGCUCAAAUUAUAUUAAUGAAAGAAUGAUUCGUCCAAAAAUUAUCACUCGGUCACAUCUCCGAUCGAUUGAAUCGAUCACAGAGUGAUAUCAGUUACAUUUAUAUUGCGUAGACUUGUAUUUUUGAACGCAUAUUCGGUAUUCAUUAUUAUAACGGUAGAUUUGAAAUAAAAUUGAUUUCUCAACAGAGGCCAGGCAUGCAAAUAUAUGCGGAAACAUUUGAAAGAUAAGAAGUCAAAUACCAUAUAACGAGCUUUCGAAGAGUGACUAGCAACAGUGUUGCACCUUUUCUUUUAUUCAGCUUUUAUUCAAAUUAUAAACAUUUUAAAAACGUUCGUCGAAGGGUCUCGAUUAACGCUCAUUGUCAGUCGUCAUGCAAAUAUAUUUAAGACUCGACAUUAUUAUAAAGCUUGAUGAAAAGUAACUGGUAAUUAAGUUUCUGUACGGCAAACCAAUUAUUCUACAGACUCGCGUAUCGCGUAUCUUGAAACGUUUCAAUAAGUUUUAAAAUUAACUCGGAAUCGUACGCGCGGUUGUCCGUUACAAUGCAGAUUAACUUUAAUCUCGAUUCGAUUUCUUUUUUAUCUUUCUUCAAUUCUUAAGGCGCCUCUACGUAAGUCACAGUUCGCGAAACGCAUGCAAGAUACACGCACAGUCUACAUAUCAAUCUAACCUCGCCUUUGGGAUAAUCAAAUAUGUCAAAUCAUACGAGAGUUGCGUCAUAUACACGCCUUUCGAAAAUUCGCGCUCGCGAUUCGCGGGUAUCUUUCGAAAGGUCUAUUUACGAGAAAAGGAAGCGCAUAUUUCCUUACCUGCGACACAAUUGCGUGUCGCAAAAUUCCACACCCCUGAAGAAAAGGGACGAAGGCAGGAGUCCGAAGGCGAGCUGGCGAGCCGCGCGCGCGACGGAUGCCAAUGAGGUGAUUCCGGGAAGGGGAGAGAUGGUAGCGGGGGAGCCUCCGUUACCGCGCGUGUGUGUAUGCACUGUGUGUAGUGUGUGCAAGCGCGAGCUACGGAGGACGAGGGGGCGGGAGAGAGACACGGAGAAAGACGGAGCGCGUCGUGUAUACGUAUCGGCGGGACGCGCGCGCGCGCGCGCGUUUGAGUGAGGGAGGCCGUACGCGGCGGGAAUCGUCCCUCUCCGUAGAGCCCGUAGUACUACGCGGGACGCUACGCGAACGGCACGUUACACCGUUUCCCCAAUCCCCAUUUCACUCGGAGCGAGAGCGGACGCUGUUGACCGCACGUACGCCCGUGCGUUCGUUCACAGACGCACGCGCGCGCGCGCGAGUGUUGUCCCGAGAGAGGAACCGCCGCGGGAGCAGAUCGGACUCCGGACACGAAAGCGCGCCAUUUCGCGGCGCGUCGUCCAACGGCCGGGUGUGCUUUUCGUCACGCCUCGCCGCUUUCCCGUGUUUACAUUUGGCGUCCGCCUGCGCGCGCGCGCGAGCCGUGUCUCGCUUCCCGAGCAUUCGAAUUUGGGUGGCGGGGACGUUUCGGUAGAUUAUUACGCGGAAAACUUCACCGUGCGCGGUCGAUCGCCGACUCGGAACGGCUCUCGCUGAACGACAACGAAGAACGCGAAGUUCGCCGACGGGGAGGAGGAGGAGGAGGAGAAGGAAGAGGCUGAAGUUGCCGCCUGAAGCGUAUAUAGGAAAAAUCUUGGAGCGCAACGAGAGUCUUAUUUCGUUUCUUCGAUCUUACGAUUUAGGUUUCAAGUCCAAUUCGGGAUUGAACGUGGACGAAAACCGAAAUCGAUCCUCGAUCUUCUCCAAUAAGACGCGGACGCGUCGCGAGAAUGCGCGUAAACGCGCUGGCGCCCUUCGUGAAACGACGCGGAUGACAAAAACUCGUAAUAUCGCGUCGCACUUGGCACGGUGAAGAACACGCGUCCCCAUUUUCCGCGAACUCGCGACGUCGGUGUGUACCGAACGCGGGGUGUGUACAACCGUGUGGGGAACUGUGCGUGAAUUCUUGUGUGCGCGCGCGAAACGAAAAUCGCGCGACGAGUCGACGACGUUUCGCCGCGGCAUAUCAUCGCCGUUCGGCGCAACAUGGAUUACCAGCGGCUCCUGCCCAACAACAACAACAACAAUUAUCCCACGCAUCACCAUUGGUUCCCGAAGAUGUGCUCCUGCCUCGACGGCAGCUCGACGCUGCCGAGUAAUCGAGCCGCAAGCUACGAACGGCUUGGUUCCGAUCUGACGAUCUUUGAACUCAACAGCACGAUACGAAGGAAUCGAAGAAGUGAUCAAGAUUUGAUUGAUAGCGAAAGACAAGAAGAAUUGCGGUUUUACAACAAUGAUCAUUCUUUUACAACCAUGGUCGUAGAGAGAAAUCUGCGAACGAUCGAUCUCUGCGAGUUGCUCAAAGUCAAGAGAAACACAAUCGGCGCAGCCUGGUCGAUAAUCGAGACGUGGCCGAAACUGGGAAUUGAGCGCACAUUAGAAGACCACGAAGAUAUUCUCGCUGUUCAUAGGGAAUUGGAAAUGUUCGCUUCCCAAUACGAGAGGAGGUUCUACUUUAGCCAGGAUUUCCUGAAAUACGAAGUGUUCAUCAAACCUAUGCAAUUUUUUCCCGCGGACAUGAUCACGUUUCGCAGCGGGGAGGAAAGGGGCGCAUUCACCGAUGCCGAGAGCGCGCUAAGGAAUUACCUGUUACGGGAGGACAGUGAGUGCCCGUACGUAUUCAGCAUGGUGUGGAUGCGAAAUGUGAGUUCGAACGGUUGGAAGAAGAUGUACAUGCUGCUCCAAGGCCGGAAACUCUACACAACGAAGAAGGCAAUCGCGACGCUACCAAAACGGCCUGUGGUGGAAGAAAGGACAGAACUCGGUCGUCGAAAUUGCUGCGAAGAUUCCACGAUAAUGCUUAGUCGUUCCCGCGGACUGUUGCGGACUUCCCGUUAUACUACUAGCACUCAGGAGCUGCUCGAUUGCGGUAAUGCCGAGGGAUAUGCAAUUUACGACAGCGAACACCUAAUCACACUCGCGCACUUGUCGGACUACAACGUCUACAGGAUACCGAACGCGAAGCGGGUUUUUGGCGCACCCUUCGAGUGGGGCGCCUGCCUAAGGCCGAACAGCAACGCCGAGGCCGAAGACACGGAGGCUGGGGAGCCCGGGAUCAAGGUCAUUACAUUCGAGAACGAAAAAUCGCGCACCUGCUGGCUCACAGCCAUGAGACUCGCUAAGUACGGCAAACAGCUCCGAGAGAAUUACCGAGCCUUCAAGAACAAGCAGUGCGAGCAGAACGGCAGCGGCAGCCCCAAAGAGCAAUACAGCAGCUACAAUGUGUCCAAUGAAUCGAUACGAUCACGCGUGGCGAUGGAUUUUACCGGUAGCGUGGGCAGGAUAGUCGAGGAUCCCAAGGAAGCCAAGGACAUAGCCGAAAACGAAGGCAUGGUCUGGCGACGGAGAUGGCGGCCGUUUUCGCGAACACCACCGGGAUGCGCGAUGAUGAGGCUGCACGGCCUCGAUGCCGGUAUACACGUUCUUCAGCCUUGGUUCCACGGCGGCCUCAAGAGGGAUGUCGCGGCGGCUAUUAUAAGGGAUCACGGCAGCGUCGACGGCGUGUUUCUGGUCAGAGAGAGCAAGAGCAAUCCUGGGGCCUUCGUGCUGACCUAUAAGUACAACGACAAGGUCUUUCACGCGCAAAUCCAGCCCAUCUUUGAUGAGCGUCGCAACUGCUGGCUAUACACCCUCGAUAAGGGAACGACCAAGUUCUACGAUCUACUACAGCUGGUCGAAUUCUAUCAGCUGAACGCGGGUUCGUUGCCUACCCGGCUAACUCACUACGUGCAGAACGGAGUGAAACCGCCGUUGCACAAGCCAGAGGACGGCGGGGCGUCACCGUCGCCGCCCGAGAGCAGUAGCCAGCGGAUCAACAGCAUCGACAAGGCCGCCGAACCAAGCGGUAACUCGAGCAGCAUUUGAGUAUAGGACAGUCGGCGACCCGUUAGUGUUGUCGACAGCGAUCGCCUGCUUACCGUUUGCGCCAUUACCAACGGGUCCCUCGACCCCGCCACCAUCACCGACAACAUCGUGAUGGUGCACCGUAGCAACAACAACAACAAUCGUCUGGGGAACAACAGCAACGGUGGUGGCGGCAACGGAAAUCGCGGCGAUGUUCGCACGACACGAUCGGGUUGCUGGAACCUGUGUUUCUGCAGUUACAACAAAUGGGAUUUGUAGCGCGAUCAGCAACGGCAGUAGCAAAAGCAGCAGGAUGAUGUUCAAGCGGACGCGAAGACAUAUGGUUGUUUCGUUAGUGAGAGAGAGAAGCAAGAAGAAAAGAAAUGGAACGACGAGAGCGAAGGAGAAGAAGCGACACGGCUUGAGCAUCAUCCAUCGUUGAGUCACCCCUCGAUCGCGACUCUGUUCUAAUAACGCAGCAUGUGUAUAUGUGUGUGUGUGUGUGUGUGACGUCACUGGGUCGGCUGAUCCGUGCAACAGAACGACCAAUUUUUGGGCGCGAGGCACGCAAUAGCGAAGAAAGACACGACCGCCGCGGGAAGGAACCGCAGGAUCGCUGUCGCACGAAAAAUUCUUCGUUUGUUUCGACUUUUCACGUUUGUUCUGUUGUUUCCGCUCAGUGAUGUACAGAGUAGCGCGGCGUCGAUGUCCGCUGACAGCGAUCCUCACGCGAAACGAAAUCUCUUCGAUGUUUUUAAUUGUACUGUGUUAGGGAGUCGUCGUGUAAGGAUCCAUCUUGUCGUCUAGACCUUCCCGAAUACCCUCACUCCUCUUUAAUUUCCCUUUCAGAGUCUCAGCGAUCAAACAAACGCGUCUAGACGAUCAAAGAGGCAUCGCGUAUUCGUUUCUUUAUUUUUCUUUCCAUUUUCUACAUGUUCAUGUUCGUGCAAGCAUGGCGCGUACGAUUAGAUUGCUAACCGCGCGCGGCGACAUCGUCGUUCGCGAAGUUAUUCCGUGAGAAGAAAGGAAAAGCGCGCGCGUGUAUGCGUGUGGUGAUGCGUGUUGUAUCAUCGGUAUGCCUGCGAGAGAGACAGAAGAAGAGAGAAAUAGUGAGUGAAGAAAGUAGAAGCGUAUCGCGAAGUACGAUAUAGUUGUAGAACUAUAUCGUAGUAAACCAGCAAUACAAGACGAAUACAAACACAAAAUUUGGCUUUUUUGCUUGGAUGUGUGCGUCUGAUUGUGGGUAUGUAUGUGUAUAUAUAAAAAAGAAAGAGAGAAAUUUUUUGUCGUGUGGUCUCCCCCUCCUCCCUUAUCUUUUUCACUUGCUCGUUUUCCUUUCUGGCGCACAUUGCGCGUACUGAAUGUUUCUUCUGUUUAGUCGUUUCUCCGAAGAGAAUGCGCGACAGAGUCAACCGCGCGAUUAGCUACUACACGACUUUGUCGCCUGACGACGACGACGACAACGACGACGGGUUCAAAUGACGAGAGAGAAUCGACCAAAUCGAGAGAUAGGAGAGAGUGCAUGAAGCGUCCGCGUGUUCCGUUCAUUAGCUGUAAGACUGUGGUCAGGCGGAAUCACUUGGAAAAACGAUAAUAUUGAGAUUCACGAUUAUUUCCGAGUCCAAGAUGUUCAAAAUUAAGCGAGACAACUUUGUCGACGGGACAGGAGCAACGGAAAUGGAACAUAGGUUUCUCGAGGGUAUCUCGCAUUUUGUUUGCAAAAUUUUUAUCGCGGCUCGGAAACGCGAAUUUUCGCUGCGGUACGAAGAGCCCAUUACAUUAAUGAAUCUAAGAAAUACAAUACAAUUAGUGUAAGGAUCCUCGACGCGCGCCUACGUCGAGGGCCGGGGAACACGCUCGCGGAUUCUCGUGGUAUUGUAAUAACGCGCGCGCCGAAAAGUUGAAAGCGUGUCCCUUGGCAGACAUGAUCUCAUAUUUUACAGAUGUUUCGGUUACGUGAGGCAUUUGUUGGUUAAUACGAAUUCGGAAAAUGAGGUUCAAUUAUAAUUAUUAUAAAAAUGUGUGGAACGCGUAACAUUGAAGUAAGAGAACGAGAGAGAAUGAGUGAGAAAGGUUUCAGAAGAAGAAGUGUAUGUAAAUGUGCAAGAAGGCGAACAAGGAAGAAGUUGCGAGAACGAAGUUGGUCAUGUGGUAAAACUGGUAAAACAAAAAGAAAGAGGUAUAUUUAAAUACAAAACAGAUAUAUAUACAUAAUAUGUAUAUGCAUGUUCUAAAUUGUACAAUUUAAUUUUAUAUUCGGGAUAUAUGUAAUUAUAUACUAUCGAUCGGAAAAAAUCGAUAGUGCCGAAGUUCGUGGGUGCAGCAUCACCAGGUGCGAACGUUGUCGUGCAUUCUAGAUUUAUAAUGUGGAAGUUUUUAACGUAAUAACGAUUGUAAUGUUUUUCGAAUAAUAAUGCGAAAGUCAUUUAAGAUAAAGGCGGAUUGGCGGGAGCUGGUGGAGUGUGCAGGGUAUGGACGCGAGAGAAAUUAUUUACGCAAUGUAUUAUGAUUCGUCGAAAGAACAAUACCAAAUCCCCUGCCCCCUAUUUGUAUACCUACUUUUUAAUGAUAUAUUUUUUCAUUGAUUAUAUAUUUAUUUAACGUCGAACGUAGCGCCUACGCGUCAUGUCUUGAAGCGGUAAUUUUUUAAAUCGAAGAAGUGCAGAUCUUACACAGAUAUAUAACACGUAACAACAGAUAAUAUACGAAAAACACACAUACACUUACACGAGACACGAACACAAAUUGCAUUAAAUUUUAGAAUAUAGUAGCGCUUUAUAGAACUAAAUAUUAGGAUAACAAAUUCUUCGUGAAUGGGUAUGAAAAAAAAAACAAUCUUCUGUAGGAAGGGUGGCCCGCAAACGCGGCGUUCAUCCCCGAUCCGUUUGCGUAAACUUCUCCAUUUUUCACGAAAUUCAAGUUAAAGUCGAAAUCAACGAAAUUACCUCUCGGAAUACGCUUAUUGCGCGAAAAAAAAAAUGAAAUUGUCCUUUCGGCCUUUCGUGUAAAUAUGUCUAUUUAGGCCAAAAUCCCGCGUCUCCUCUCCAAGUUUCCCUACCCCUACUAUUCCGUCUAUCCGUGGCCCGUCGGCUGUUUGAAAAUCAACUUUGAUAGCGGUUAAUCAAUCUUGAUUCUUCAGGUCGACACCGCGGUGCCCCGCUUCUUCCUCUUUCACCCUGUAAUCCGAAAAACCGAACGGAAAACGAGACAGACGCCGGGUUCUUCGUGGCCACCAGUGUAAAAGAAGCUAUAAAUAUUAUUAUUAUUAAUUAACUACAUAAAUUAUAAUAAAAUAUAUUUUGUAUUAAUGUAGUCACGAAUUAAUACGGCAAACGCAGUGGUCUGUGAAGAGACUGAAUCUAAGUAAGAAAAAACGCAAAUUAGUCCUGUGCGAAUUUCAUCGACGUCUGUUAAGAACAAUAAAAAUGAUCAGGUAACGGAACGUUUACAAUUGUGUUUUUAUUUCUAUCCCCGGACUAGAGUGUGUUUCGUUGAUGUGUUGUAUUUCAUAUUAUUUCGGCGCUUUAUUUAUUCUAUUGCUAAGUGUUGUUGAUAUAAUUUGACAAUUUAUUUUACCCGUUUAUCUUUUCCGUCUAUCACCCGAGAAAUCGUCUUACUUUUCUUCUUCUUCUUCGUGAAAGCUACUGGCCACAACUUGAAGUGCUUUGUCGCAAGAAACCGAAGCUCGAGCUUGCGUAUGCGAUCGAAUUACCCGCAGACGUUGAUGAAACUCACAUUGUCACUCCUGGCAAGCGAUAUAUACCGACGCAGAGCGCCGAUAUCUCGUCGGAUCGUUCCUCAAACUAAAUCAAUCGCACGAGUUCGAUUGUACACAGACGAAAAUUCGAGUCUAUAGCGAAACGAGCGACACGAAGGUCCGAACGAACAUAUGUAGUCGCGGCCGCUAGUUCGCUCGCAAGGAUAAACGGUAAACGUACAAGUUCCGGCCAGGCUUUUUGCUGUUGCACCCUCGCGCAAUCUGCAACACGCAAAGGCAACUUAAUUCGUAGAACAUACGUGUGUAAUACGGUGAUUAUAUCGCCGAUUAUAUUGUCUAUCUGUCCAUCGGUGGAUCGCGAUUGAGAACGAGACAUCAACAAUUUUUAUUUUUCUAUUCUUGUAAGAGACAUUACAUUACCAUUACCAUCUAAAUUUGUGAUUCGGAAGGUAAUUUUUUAGAUGUAUUUCUUCAAAAUUACUAAUUUCUAAAUUUUAACGAGUUUAAGGAUAAAAAAUUGUCGAUCUUUUCUGGAUUAAAAUUCGUGAUGUGAUUCAAGGUGAAGAGUUUUUCGCGAAUUUUUAUUUUGAACUUUAACUUCGCGAUCGAGUUCGAGUUGUUCGGAUACAGAAACUACCCGGUUCGUAUCGACAGCAUUAGUAGAACUAUCUCGCAAUGAAAACAAAUCCGAUAAUGGUUGCGGAAUGGAACGUGAAAAGCCUUUCCGAUCACGAUAUGUUGAAUGUGCAACUAUGCGCUACCCGUUCACUAAUUACGGAUUGCAAUCGUAAUAAUAAUAAUGAUUAAUCGCGAUCUGGCGCCCGCUCGAUUCGCGUUGAACGCGUGUCGCGCACGAAUGCGCUUCGGAGCGAAAGAGAGAAAGAGAGAGAGAAAGAGAGUGUGCGUAUAUGUGAGAUGAUUGCUUUGGUUGGAAAAUUGCGCGAAAGUGCCCUUGCUGCCCAUAAUUACUGAGGGAAUAAACCCGUAAUAGUCAUUUGCGACGUAUGAGCCAUCGGGCAUGACAAAUUGAAGAUGAUACAUCUUUUGUCCAUCUUUUCGACGUUUCCUCGAUUUUUUAAAUCUAAAAAUUCAUGUCAGAGGAUAAUCGGAUAUUAAAAAAAAAAAAUAAGUAUAAUACGGUUAUAGAGAUAUUAACAUACAAAACAUAAGGAUAGUUAGAUGUUAUGUUCCCUAAAAUUUAUGAUUCAUUGUUACCGAGUUAUAUCAUUAUUCCACCCAGCGGCUCGUGUUAGAUAACCAAAGGGACUAAUGUUCCAUCAAUCGACAAUCGCCGAGUGCAUCCUCAAUGACGGCAAGAACCAUCGCAUCGGUACGAUAAUUUCCGGUACCUGCGGUCAACGAGUAUGCGCUGGUGGGCUGAAAACGGGGUCAAACCGUGGUGUGUUUCUCCGUCAGUUCCCCAUCGGAACGUUUCAAACCGGAAUGAACUCGCUCGAGACAGAGGCGGAUUGAACGAAGAAGAGGGUGUGUCGUAUGCGUGGUUUGCGUGCGUAGAUUACGGUGCGUCGGAUGCGCCCAACGAAGUUCACCAAGUUUCACGCGCGAACGGAACGUGUCAAUCGAUAUCAACAUUACGCCAAAACCGUAAAAGAGCAAACAAAACAUCUGCAUCGUGUUUUCAGUAGCUAACAGGAAGAGAUCGAGCCAGGACGACCGAGAGCAGCAGGGAAUACUUUAUACAGGGUGUUCACGACAAUUACUGUGUUAGAAAUCACAAACGAUCAAAAGCUAAACGCACAAAUUAUCGAACUGAGGUCCUCUCUGACUAUCAUAGAGAUUUUCAUUCCUAUACUAGAAACCGAUCGGAUGCGAUCGGGGGUUUCCGCAAAAGGAUCCGCUCGCUGAUAACCGAAUUCAUCUCUGCUCAUUUCGAAUCAUCCUCCCGAUCAUUCACAAUCGAUCCCGCGAAUUGCUGUCGUCCACAUCGCGGAUACGUCCCUGGUUGAAAAAAACACUUCCUCCGGAAGUGGUCUUGAUACCCACGGUCCACCGAGAUGUUCUGACGAUCAUUCGGCUAUACAUUUUGAAUCAAUAGCGGUACACACAGACAAUGGGGAGGACUCAAAACGCAACAAUUUUCAACAAUGGGCACAAUCGCGUUGGGUAUAUCUUCAAUGAUUAUGGGGGACCAACGUUAGCGCGAUAAUCGGCGGGUACCUAUGGUCAAUGAGCAAUAUACUCAACCAGGGGUGUCGCGAGGGAUUUCAAGGAUCUCUUUUAGGAUUCUCCUUUUGUUCUUUAGUAGCGCUCUCACGCGCAUAUCGUCGUGCAAUGCGCAAUAAUUCGAUAAGCAUCGCGCGAUCUCUUGAAGCGAUUUAACACGAAUAUCGAAGCUCCAACGAAGAAUAGAGUCAACGAUGAGCCGACGCCCGCGAGAGUCUCGCCUUCCGAAAUCGUUUUAAGGAAUUCCCGACGGCUCGCAGCAUCCGUUCCAUACAAAGCAGAAACGACAGCACCAAAGUGGCUCGACAUAUCGACCUCCCACCCGACAAAUCGACCCCUCAAUCAACCCUUCUUGCGCGCAAUAAUUCGUUUCCUCCGGAACAACAAUAUUAAUCCGCAAUAAUAAUGUUAGCACCUGUAGCGCCGCGAAUACGCGAGAGUCAUUGUUAUAUCUUUGUAUGAACAUUUAAUACGCAAUAAAUAUGUAUGUCGUCAUCCCACUA